AUAUGGGACCUCCCAACUGGAUCAUCUGUCUUCAAACUCAAUUUACCAAAAAGCAAGGAAGCAGUUGCUAUGGCAACCUUGCCAUGUCCCAGUCCUUGCGUUGUCGCCGGGAUGCAAAAUGCGACUGUCAGGUGAGACCUCGGCGCUUAUUUCUUAUUUUAAGCACUCAGUAUGCUUAUUGAUUAUUAGACUUUUCCUGACACUCAUAUUGGUAGUACAACAAAAUUUGUCUGUCUCAAGCGGGAUGCGAACGAACGUAUCUUCGGGAAAUCUAAAAUGCUAGGAAUAUACUAGAUGAUCUCGGUACUCGGAAAAGGCCUGGCACUAGUUGUAAAUAGAAAUCCAUUUCUGGUUUAAAAUUACUCUAUAUCUCAUUAACAGUAUUAGAUUUCUAACUCAAAUUUGUCCCAGACAUUCAUUUCCCUGUGCAAGACACAGACAUAAAGUUUCAAACAGUUUCACAAAAGAUCAAGGCGUCGCAAGUGAUUAAAUGUACGAAACUGGAUUUCUAUUCUGUUGCUAGUCCCAGUCCUUUUGCUCACCGUCAGAUCACCUGGAAAUAUUGAAUGCUUUUUAGCAUUUCUAAAUCAGUAGAUGAUUUUGCAUUGGACUUGAAACAUAUGUAAAGUACUUUUAAAUAUGACAAGAUUCGUUUCCAAUAUCCUUUUGCCAAAUAACUAACUCCAUGGGUAAGGCGGUGGUCAAUAACAGCGCAUUCCAUAAUAAGCUAUGACUUAUAGGCUUGUGUUAACACCAUUUUACUGUAAGAUCUCACGAAAAGUCUAAUGUUUGGGUAUUUUAGAUUUAUCGAUGCUCGUGAAGGGAAUUUUGGUCAUACAUGGAGAGUAACAAGCAACAGUCUUGCAGGUUCUGUAAAACUAUUACUAAUAUUGUAGACGUUUAUCACGCUUUUUGACAUUUGCUUUUUAUGGCGCUAGAAUCUUUAAUAACCUAACCCAAUGACAUGAAAACUGAAACCUCGAUACGGCAUUUAAAACAAACCUAAUCAAAGGCCAUUGAGGUCGACUCACGCAUGAGAUCGAAUGAAAGUGACAGAAAGAAUUAGAGAAGUUUGCAGUUGGUUUUGCAAACCGGCACCGUGCGAAUUUGUCGUGCUUCUUUUGCCAAAUCAAAAGAACGAACGCGUGCUCCAGCCCGAUUUUCGAUUCGCAGGCAAGCAGUGCGCGCAAAGUAGGCUGAUCAUUUCCCAUUGUUUAACUGCCACACACUCGAGUAACCACAAAGACUCACAGAUGUUGCUUCGCAGUCCGUGAGUCAAAAACGCUUGAAUUACUAAAUUAACAGUGUAUGAAACAUUCUUUUCUAGACCAUGGAUUUUAUACAUUUGCACAUUUGCGUAUAAUAUUUAUAUUUUGACAGGCUAGAUUUAUAUUUUGUAUAGUUUUUAUGAUAGUAUAGAUUUAUAUUUUAUGUAAACUAGUUACAAUAUGAGCAGCCGAUUUUUAUGGGCGUUUCCCCCAUGGGGACAAUCUCACGCUUCAUUAGCAUGCAUUUAAAAUCUGAAUGAGUAUUGAUAACUUUCAUAAACGUCCCUGCUUCUGAAUUAUAGCAUUCAUAACUUUCAUAAACGUCCCUCUAACAUGACUUUAUUAUACUGGUCUUCAAUGCAUGCGGUUUACAAGUGUGCACAUAAAUGUGACCUAAAUACCGCGCCAUGAUUUGUUUGUAGCCUUAUCAAUUAUUUGUGAAUUUUACAAGUAGUUUUUAUGAAUUUUUAGUAUGAUGUAAACACAAGUUCUUGUUGGAUAACAGUAACACUGGCUUUACUGAACGAUGAAAAUAAAAUAAUGAUCAUAUUAGUAUUAUUAUUAUUAUUAUUUUUCUCUCUCGUCAAUUCGUAGGUCAUAUUAGAAGUUUAUGUGUGACCCAGGAUGGAACGUCCAUGGCCGUCGGAUUUUCCAGCGGAUUUUUAUCACUGGUAGAUCUUCGUGGAGGAAUUCUAACCAGGCAAUGGAAAGCACAUGAAGCUGAUAUUAUACAGGUCAGGGACGACUCACACAUUGAGGACAAUGCGAUUAGUUCUGGAUUUUAAAUGUCGGUUAAUAAGGAUUAUAUUAAGUUCUAGAUACGAAUCCGUGAUCAUAGAUUAGUGAAUAGAUGGCUCACUCCUUUGAUGCUUUUGACGCUGCCGGCACCCACGCAUGUUCUUGCCAGAGUAAUGACGGCCUAGCAAGAACUAUAAUAAAAUGUAUUGUGAAAUUGACAUCCGUGCUACUAAAUCCUGUAUUUUUCUAGCCUGCAUAUAGCGGCUCAGAGAAAGGAGAGCCUGCACGAAACCCCAUGCCAAACCAUUUCCGCCCACCUAGCCUGCGGGCUACGCCCACUUUAAACAGAUGUCAAAUUUGGCCAAUCACACAGAUUGUUUACGUUGCAAAUGUACUUGUCAAAAUGAAAUAUAAAUAUAGAUUGCUGCAUGUUCGCAAAUUUCUAAACGAAAUAGUAUACGGAUGUCUAAAGAAAAUUGAAGUCUGUGGGAAUAGCGCUAGGCCUAGGGCAAUAUUCAUCGUUGUCACAAGUAGUUUGCAAUCCGUAUCUACGAUAUUUCGUAGCUUUCUCGCACAAGUAGUCUACAAAUAUAAUUUAUAGUUUCGAUAGCGGUCAACCGUGAUGUAUUAAAUGUUAAAGUUUCGGGCGAUGCAGAGAAGAGAAUAUUAAAGGUGUCUAAAGUCAUCACUUCAGAGAGAGCAAGUCCUGUUCAUAAGACAUAAGCAUUUACAGCAAUUCUCUCCUGGCACAAAAUUAUUAGCUACAAAAUCAUGAAGAAAAAAUCUAUUUGUUGUCGAUGAAUUGAUUAAAACGAACACGCUUGUGAAAGAGGCGCUGCUAACAGACAUCAAUCCAAUGAAGACACCACAGUCAAUAUCUCUAGAGCUUUGUGAACCAAGUUCGUAAAUACCUUUAUUGUUCAACCGUAAAUUGUAGCCUUUUAAUAAGCUCUUUUGAAUGCAAAACUCAAAGAAACGCCUCUCAAUAAUAAUACAUCCGCCGUGUUUGUAUGAAUUUUAGCAUAAAUUAGCAUAUUUUUUUCAUUUUGAACCAAUCAGAUUUCUCGUCCUCUGAGAGAACGAGUAAAUACGGUUUAGCAUGGGGUUUCGUGCAGGCUGCCCCUUCUCUGACAGCCGCUACGCAGGCUAGUAUUUUUCCGCUUUCGGGGGUUUGAAUGGAAAAAUAAAUCAGAAUUAUAAAAAUACAGGAUUUAGUAGCACCGAUGUCAAUUUCGCAAUGCAUUUUACUACAGUUACUUGCUAGGCCGCCAUUACUCUGGCAAGAACAUGCGUGGGUGCCGGCAGCGUCAAAAACAUCAAAGGAGUGAGCCAUCUAUUCAUUUCCUAAUCUAUACCGUGAUGGUGAAGCAACGGUUGAAAAAGUUUUGCAUUUCCGGUGCGUGGGAAAUUUCUCGCGUACGAUGCUCUGCAGUUUAAAAUUUAUAUCUAAUAUGAAAAUAUAAGUCUAGGGGAGACGGGAAAUUCUUCGUACAUAGCUUUUGUACUUGCUAGUCUCUUUUAAUUGCUUCUUGUUCACGUAGGUUAAACCCUACACAAACUCAAGUUUUGUUACGUCAUCAUCGACACAGAAAAUGGAACUAUGGGGCCAUGAUGCAGUUUCAUUGUGUUCACUUUCUACUUUAACUGGUGGGUAUAGCUUUCACGCGCUUAUGAUGAGGAUAAUAGUUGCUGCUCAAAACCACUAUGCUACGCUGUGUGAUGGCCAUGUCAAACUUAUAUUUUAUGUAAAUUUUAUGUAUAUUUUAUAUUUUAGUACCUAGUACAUAAAAUAUAAAUCAGAAGACAAGGCUUCGCAUACUCCGUGUGAUAUUGCAAACUCUACGGUUUUUCGAAUUUCAAUUGAAGAAUUACUUUAUUCAUCAGUCCAGUUAAGUUAUGUCAGAUCAGUGAGUUUUUCAAAUGCACUCAUUUCAGGAUCUGGAGAGUCUAUUCAAAGUAUCCACGUUCAUGACAAAGUCAUAGUUUCAAUGGCUGCAAACAAUCGUAUUGCAUGGCACACCUUUACGGACAAGGAGGUAACUUAAUUUAUUACUUUACUAAAAUUGGUGGAUUUUUGCGGUCUGCCCUACCACCUGAAAACAAUGUCCAAAUCCUCCUACUCAUGUGUAUAAUACAAACGAAUCUCUUCUCGCGGACAUAUAGGACUUCCUAAUAUGGAAGCCUUUCAAUUAUGGACACGUUUAAAAAGAAUACCUCUCAAAGAUGGACAACUCUCUUCUUUUCAAAAUUGUCCGCUGGUACUGUUUUGCUGUAAAACACAGUCCACCUUCUCUAAUAGGGAGACGGAAGGGAAAGCAACAUGUAUUUGCUCUCUGUUGCAGGGAUUUAGUAUCCGCAUCAGAAAGGUUAGGGAGUAUUAGAGAGUUGUCCGAAUUAGAGAGGUGUAUGUGGCGAGUUGUCCGAAUUAGGGAGGUGUCUGUAUUAGAGUGGUGUCCGAAUUAGAGAGGUGUCUGUAUUAGAGAGUUGUCCGAAUUAGAGAGGUGUCUAUAUUAGAGAGUUGUCCGAAUUAUAGAGUUGUCCGAAUUAAUGAGUUGUCCGAAUUAGAAAGGUGUCUGUAUUAGAGAGUUGUCCGAAUUAGAGAGGUGUGUGUGUUAGAGAGUUGUCCGAAUUAUAGAGGUGUCUGUAUUAGAGAGUUGUCCGAAUUAGAGAGCUGUCUGUAUUAAAUGGUUUCCGAAUUAGAGAGGUGUCUGUAUUAGAGAGUUGUCCGAAUUAGAGAGUUGUCCGAAUUAGAGAGGUGUCUGUAUUAGAGAAUUGUCCGAAUUAGAAAGGUGUCUGUAUUAGAAAGGUGUAUGUAUUAGAAAGGUGUCUGUAUUAGAAAGGUGUCUGUAUUGGGGAAUCCAGUCCAGCAAAACAAAGUAAUAUGCUUGGCGAAUUUACUCACGAAUUUAGUGGCGAAUUUGCUCAUUGUUAAAGAGUUCGAGAUCAUUGUUUUGUAUUAUAUAUGGACUGUAUUUGUUGCGAUACAAAUAUGCAAGGAUUGUUUUUCUUCUUAGCCAACAUAUACCCAUCUUCGGCUUGGAGGUGACGUUUUUAAAGGCAACAUGACAUGUUUUGGUGUUCUUCCACUAAAUAGAGGCUAUUUACUGGGCAGUGACAAUGGUAACAUCACAUUAAUGGGAUAAGACGGUAUUAUUACUGGUCCGUGUAUUGCCAUCGCGCUGGUAAUGUAAAAAUCAUAGUAAUAAUAAAUAUCUAAUAUUUCUGUGCAACUUACGUCUUACAAUAGGUGGAAUUUAAUCUAUGAUCUAAAACUAGCUGUCUAGGACCAAAUUAUGUGUCUGCAUGCCAUGCAUACAUACAAUGGCUGCCAUGUGAAUGACAGAAUAUUAGAAGUUCUCACGGUCUCUGAUUAAUGGUUGCAAAGGAGAUGUAUGUACUAUUUAAAACACGAACAGGAGUGCUUUAUCAGAUGCAAAACACGAGAGCGCAGCUCGAGUGUUUUAUACCUGAUAAAGCACGGACUGCGAGUGUUUUAAAUGGCUUCAAACACUCAUUAAUAAUUCAUAAGCUUAUUGGCAAAUCAUGUCAACCAUAAUAUGUCACGUGCAGUGGUUUUAAAGCUGAUAAAACACUC